AUGACGAAGCUCUUCACCCCCAUCAAGGUCGGCAAGGUCGAGCUGGCCCAGCGCCUUGCCAUGGCGCCCAUGACUCGUUUCCGUGCGGACGAUGCCCAUGUGCCUCUUCCCUUCGUGAAGGACUACUAUGAACAGCGCGCCUCGGUGCCCGGAACUCUGAUCAUCACCGAGGGAACCUUCAUCUCGGCCCGCAAUGGAGGAUACCCCAACGUUCCCGGAAUCUACAGCAAGGAGCAGAUUGCGGCGUGGAAGAAGAUCACAGAUGCAGUGCACGCCAAGGGCUCGUUUAUCUACGUUCAGCUCUGGGCUCUGGGCCGGACCGCCAGUGCUGACUACCUCAAGUCGAACGGUUACGAGCUGGUCUCCAGCAGUGCUGUCCCCAUGAGCGACAACUCGCCUACCCCGCGAGCUCUGACGGAGGAGGAGAUCUGGAGCUUCAUCGGAGACUACGCUCAAGCCGCCAAGAACGCCAUCGAAGCUGGCUUCGACGGUGUCGAAAUCCACGGCGCCAACGGCUAUCUGAUCGACCAGUUCACCCAGGACACCUGCAACAAGCGCACUGAUUCCUGGGGCGGCAGCGUUGAGAACCGCGCCCGUUUCGCCCUCGAAGUCACCAAGGCCGUCACUGCCGCCAUUGGCGCCGACAAGACCGGCAUCCGUCUCAGUCCCUGGAGUCCAUUCCAGGGCAUGCGCAUGGAAGACCCCAUCCCCCAAUUCACCUACCUGGCCAAGAAGCUCGCCGAGUUCAAGCUGGCCUACGCGCACGUCGUCGAGUCGCGCAUCGCCGGAAACGCCGAUGUCGAGGCGACCGAGCAGCUCGACUUCUUCUUCGACGCCUACGGCAAAACCACCCCCAUCAUGAUCGCUGGAGGCUACAAGGCCGCUUCCGCCAAGGAGGCCGUUGACAACAAGUACAAGGACUACGACCUGAUCAUCGCCAUCGGUAGACCAUUCACCUCGAACCCGGAUCUCGUCUACAGAAUCAAGAAUGACAUUGAGCUGCGUCCGUAUGAGCGAGACCACUUCUAUGUCGCUAAGGACCCGCACGGUUACAGUGACUAUCCCUUCAGCGAGCAGUUCUUGGCUCAGUCGAAGAUCUGA